UUCGCGGCCAGUCGCAGUCGCGAAUCUGACGGAGGUGGUCGUGGAAACGACUGGAAAGCGUUUGAAAUCCUGCAAGGAGACGCACCUGUGGGUGAAGACACUGGCUUGGAGGGUAAGUACCAAUUCUCUCCGAUUUGCGACCCAGGGUUGUUCUCUCGUAAAAUGGCACAUAGUACCAGCGAUCAGCAAGACUGCCCAUCGAGACUCCACGUCGAACCACAUGGGGGCACUCGUAAUUCUCAAGGUGGACAACAACGUCCUGUCGCUUCAGUGUCCAAUCCGCAGAUGUCGAACUCAAUCGCAGAAUUAUUCUGGGAAGAUGCUUGAGUAACUCCUCAUGACCAGCAAUAGGAGCAGACAAGUCGAAUGGUUUCAGGAAUUUUCCGCAUGUCGGACGCCCUGUGGCGCGUCUGGAAUGUGUAUCAAUUCAUACGGCGGCUGGCAAGCAUCGGUUGAACG